UCCGUCCUAUUCCUAGCUGCCUCAUGUCCAGUUCUAUGAGAUGGGAGUAGAUGAAUGGCUGUCCUGGUGUUGAAGUCCUUACAUUUUACAUCUCUUUAAAAAUGAAAACAAAAAAAUGUAGCUUGUCAGACCACAGAAAGCCACACAGGCUUAUAACAGAGCUCAGGAAUCUUCUGUCCUUUCCAGAGCAGGCACAGAGACACGUGGUCUUCAGCAGAGCCUAUGGGGUACAGAUGAUUCACAUAAGAAUAGAAGUUUCAGGGCUGGACCUGGGGAGGCAGCCUGAGCCUGAGCCGGCUGUCCUGGGCCUGAGUACUCGAGCUGCCUUGUCGUCAUCGCAUCUGGCUGCCAUCCAGCGCCAGCACACAGUAAUGAGUGGCUGAGCUUCCUCUGGGAGGAAGGAAACAGUUAAAAUCUUGCAGCAGCUGCAAUCAUCUAGGCGUGGUUCUCUUGUCGGACUUGGGCUGCACAGAUCCUGGGCCAAGGGACAGAAGAAAGAGAGCCUAGGAGCAGAGCCUCCCAGAUGGCUGAGUUGGAUCUGAUGGCCCCAAGGCCACUGCCCAGGGCCACUGCUCAGCCCCCAGCCCCUCUCAGCCCAGACUCUGGGUCACCCAGCCCAGAUUCUGGGUCGGCCAGCCCAGUGGAAGAAGAGGAUGUGGGCUCCUCCGAGAAGCUUGGAGGGGUGACAGAGGAACAGGACAGCGACUCUGCAGAGCAGGGGAAUCCUGCUGGUGAGGGGAAAGAGGUCUUAUGUGACUUCUGCCUUGAUGACACCAGAAGAGUGAAGGCGGUGAAGUCCUGUCUAACCUGCAUGGUGAAUUACUGUGAAGAGCACUUGCAGCCGCAUCAGGUGAACAUCAAACUGCAAAGCCACCUGCUGACCGAGCCAGUGAAGGACCACAACUGGCGAUACUGCCCUGCCCACCACAGCCCACUGUCUGCUUUCUGCUGCCCUGAUCAGCAGUGCAUCUGCCAGGACUGUUGCCAGGAGCACAGUGGCCACACCAUAGUCUCCCUGGAUGCAGCCCGCAGGGACAAGGAGGCUGAACUCCAGUGCACCCAGUUAGACUUGGAGCGGAAACUCAAGUUGAAUGAAAAUGCCAUCUCCAGGCUCCAAGCCAACCAAAAGUCUGUUCUGGUGUCGGUGUCAGAGGUCAAAGCAGUGGCUGAAAUGCAGUUUGGGGAACUCCUUGCUGCUGUAAGGAAGGCCCAGGCCAAUGUGAUGCUCUUCUUAGAGGAGAAGGAGCAAGCUGCGCUGAGCCAGGCCAACGGUAUCAAGGCCCACCUGGAGUACAGGAAUGCCGAGAUGGAGAAAAGCAAGCAGGAGCUGGAGAGGAUGGUGGCCAUCAGCAACACUGUACAGUUCCUGGAGGAGUACUGCAAGUUUAAGAAUACUGAAGACAUCACCUUCCCUAGUGUUUACAUAGGGCUGAAGGAUAAACUCUCGGGCAUCCGCAAAGUUAUCACGGACUCCACUGUACACUUAAUCCAGUUGCUGGAGAACUAUAAGGAAAAGCUCCAGAAGUUUGCCAAGGAAGAGGAGUAUGACAUCAGAACUCAAGUGUCUGCCGUUGUUCAGCGCAAAUAUUGGACUUCCAAACCUGAGCCCAGCACCAGGGAACAGUUCCUCCAAUAUGCGCAUGACAUCACGUUUGACCCAGACACGGCACACAGGUAUCUCCGGCUGCAGGAGGAGAACCGCAAGGUCACCAACACCACGCCCUGGGAGCACCCCUACCCAGACCUCCCCAGCAGGUUCCUGCACUGGCGGCAGGUGCUGUCCCAGCAGAGUCUGUAUCUGCACAGGUACUAUUUUGAGGUGGAGAUCUUCGGGUCAGGCACCUACGUUGGCCUGACCUGCAAAGGCAUCGACCGGAAAGGGGAGGAGCGCAACAGUUGCAUUUCCGGAAACAACUUCUCCUGGAGCCUCCAAUGGAACGGGAAGGAGUUCACGGCCUGGCACAGUGACAUGGAGACACUGCUCAAAGCCGGCCCUUUCCGGAGGCUCGGGGUCUAUGUCGACUUCCCGGGAGGGAUCCUUUCCUUCUACGGCGUAGAGUAUGAUGCCAUGACUCUGGUUCACAAGUUUGCCUGCAAGUUUUCAGAGCCAGUCUAUGCUGCCUUCUGGCUUUCCAAGAAGGAAAACGCCAUCCGGAUUGUAGAUCUGGGAGAGGAACCUGAGAAGCCAGCACCGUCCUUGGUGGAGACUGCUCCCUAGACUCCAGGAGCCAUAUCCCAGACCUUUGCCAGCCACAGUGAUGGGAUUUGCAUUUUAGGGUGAUUUGGGGGCAGAAAUAACUGCUGAUGGUAGCUGGCUUUUGAAAUCCUAAGGGGUCUCUGAAUGAAAACAUUCUCCAGCUGUUCUCUUUUGCUCCAUAUGGUGCUGUUCUCUAUGUGUUUGCAGUAAUUCUUUUUUUUUUUUUUUUUUUUUUGAGAUAGAGGCUUGCACUGUUGCGCGGGCUGGAGUGGAGUGGCAAGAUCUUGGCUCACUGCAAUCUCCGCCUCCCAGGUUCAAGCGAUUCUCCUGCCUCAGCCUCCCAAGUAGCUGGGAUUACAGGCGCCUGCUACCACACUCAGCUAAUUUUUUGUAUUUUUAGUAGAGACGGGGUUUCACCAUGUUGGCCAGGCAGAUCUCAAACUCCUGACUUCGUGAUGCGUUCGCGUCGGCCUCCCAAAGUGCUGGGAUUACAGGCUUGAGCCACUGAGCCCGGCCUGUUUGUAGUAAUUUUUAGGCACCGAAUCUCUCUCAUCUUCUAGUGCCAUUCUCCUGUCCAGGUAAAUGUCACACUGUGCCCAGAAUGGAUGACGAGGAACCUUCAGAGUGGCUGAAAAGAUUGCAGAGUUAUCAUAAUAAAUUGCUAACUUGUGU